UGCGGUCACUGCAAAAGUGUAUAUGCCUUUAAGGAAAGAGUAUACGAUAAAGUAAUUAUUUGUUUACUCAGUGAAUCCUAAAUUGGUUUAUUGGUUAUUUGUUUAUGAAUUAGAUACACAUAAUAAAGCAAAUUAUGGUGGCUGAUAUAAUUAGAAGUACCUUAGGCUACUUUUAUUUUAGAAAAAUAAAGUUAAAUUCCACGCCGACUUCAUCACAUGUACAGCUAGUCUAUAACAUAGAUGUACAUGUAUUGAUUCUACAAGUUGUUUUGAAGAUUCAGAGAGAGUAGAGAGAACAGAGAGGCACACCCAAAUUCACAUUAUUCAAAUCUUUCAGAUGGAUUGGUCUACAGUAAGAAAUCAUUUCAAACAAACAUGGCUAACUACAAGUCUUAGUCUUGUUUUAUUUUCAGGUGUCACAUAUUUUUUACUAUGGGCGGAGAGUCAAACAAUUCAAAGUAAUUUAAUGUUGGAAGAGCUGGUAUCAAUAGCCGAGAGCAUAGAUGUCCAUACAGGUGAUGAGGCUUCAAGAUAUGAGGGUCGUGUUGUACAUAUCGUAGGCCCACUAAGAAUAUUAGAGCCUAUAUCUGAACCAGACUAUAACAUACAAGUCCAAGCAGUGAAAUUAAGAAAAAGAGUUCAAAUGUAUCAAUGGAUAGAAGAAACAACAGACCAAGAGAAUUUCCUCAGUGAGCCAGCAGAUGAAUCUCGAAAAACUUAUUGGUAUCAUAAGGAUUGGAGGGAUUAUAUUAUAGACUCGUCAUUAUUUUAUAUAAGACCGGGCCACCAUAAUCCUACCUCUAUGCCCAUAUUCAGUGAGACACACAUAGCAAAUAAUGUGAAAAUUGGUUGGCUGUAUUUGGGUUUAGAUGUAAAGCGUAAAGUAAACGAUUAUUAUGAAAUUUGGUCAGACUCAAGACCAGAGAGGAGCGACAUUAAGUUGCACUCAGGCUUUUAUUACCACGGCGAUAGUGCUUUAAAGCAUGAGAUUGGUGAUCUUCGCAUACAUUUUUCAUAUGCUGGAAGAGAGGAUGAUAUAUAUACGGCUGUUGGUAUAGUUGAAAACGGUAUUCUACAAUCAUACAGCCCCGCAAAUUUCCCAGCUGCCGAUCCCAUCUCUCUACUUCGUAAAGGUUCCUACAGCCUUAAACAAUUACAUGACUUGGAAAAACGGGAUGCGAAUAUUCACACGUGGAAAUAUAGAUUGCUGGGAUUUGUUCAAGUGUUUGCAUCAGCUAUGACGCUUCAUCCAGACUGGAUUACUUUGUUUCUUCAGUGCCAUUGGAUAUCAAGUAAUUUAAGAAGAUGUACAAGAGUUUGGGUCAAUUUUAUUCUUUCAUUUUGUUAUACCUUGUUCAUCAUAUCUCUACCUUGGUUGAUGCACAAACCGUCAUUUGGCGUCCUAGUAUUAGGUGGGGCGAUGCUACCAAUACUGCACUAUUCUACGUUACUGACUCGCCGCGAAAUGAUACCGGAACCACCCCCGUACACAAGAUGGAAUGACAACCUUCGCUGAUUGAUGUAUAGGUGGCACUUGAAAAGGCCUCUGAAUCCCACGUUCCAAGUACCCUAAUCCUGUCCGACUACGCAAACAACGCCACAGGUAGAGCAUAUCUAUAUGAUAUAAUUAAGUAUAUGCAGGAGGAAUCAAUAUUGGAUGAUAUUUAGACUAAUCUGAGUUAAAU